UUCAUUGCGCGGUAGGGGUGGGGACCAAGGAAAAAGAGUGGCCAGAAAGAAAUAAAAGCGCACGCGAGAGGCGGGGCUGAAAUGCCGUUGGGCGGAGGGAACGUCACGCGCGUGCACACGCGUAGGUAAUCGACGCCGCCGGGGGCGAGCCCGUCGCAAGAUGGCGGCGGCCAUGCUGGGCCCCGGAGUUCUGUUUGCGCAGCGGGCGGCGGUAGCGGCUCGGGCAGCUGCGGAGUCGGCUACGGCGCUUGAGGCCGAGGCAGCGGAUCCCCUGCAGCCCCAGCUGCGGCGGCGGCGCUAAGCGGCAGCCUUCCUUCCCUUCGUACCCGUUCCAUUCGCAGCAGGCCGGCCCUCUUCUCCCUUCCCUGUCCCUGCCCUGCCCGCCUCCUUGGGUGUCCGCCUCCCUGCCCUGCCCAGCCCGCCGGCCCCCGGAAUGGAGUUGUCCGGGGGCCCCGGUAUGGCAGGGCCCAGCAACGUCCCUGCUUUCCUGACCAAGCUGUGGACCCUAGUGAGCGAUCCGGAAACAGACGCGCUAAUCUGCUGGAGCCCGAGUGGGAAUAGCUUCCAUGUUUUUGACCAAGGCCAGUUUGCCAAGGAGGUGCUGCCAAAGUACUUCAAGCACAACAACAUGGCCAGCUUUGUUCGGCAACUCAAUAUGUAUGGUUUUCGGAAGGUUGUCCACAUUGAACAAGGGGGCCUGGUAAAGCCGGAGAAAGAUGACACAGAAUUUCAGCACCCAUACUUUAUCCGGGGCCAGGAACAGCUCCUAGAGAACAUCAAGAGGAAAGUGACUAGUGUCUCCAGCAUAAAGCAUGAGGAUAUAAAGGUCCGACAGGACAAUGUCACCAAGCUGUUAUCAGAUGUUCAGAUGAUGAAGGGCAAACAGGAGAGCAUGGACUCAAAGCUCAUGGCCAUGAAACAUGAGAAUGAAGCCUUAUGGAGAGAGGUGGCCAGUCUUCGGCAGAAGCACGCCCAACAGCAAAAAGUAGUCAACAAGCUGAUCCAGUUCCUAAUUUCUCUGGUCCAGUCCAACCGUAUCCUGGGGGUGAAGAGGAAGAUCCCCCUGAUGUUAAAUGACAGCAGCUCGGCACAUUCCAUGCCCAAGUACAGCCGCCAGUACUCCUUGGAGCACGUCCACGGCUCCUCCCCUUACACGGCUUCUUCCCCAACCUAUAGUGGCUCCAACCUAUACUCCUCAGACUCGGCAGCCAAUAGUGGACCCAUCAUUUCAGAUGUCACAGAGCUGGCCCAGUCCAGCCCCUCGGCCUCCCCCAGUGGCAGCGUGGAUGAGAGGAUCAGCCCAAUGAUACGAAUCAAGGAGGAGCCCCCCAGCCCACCACGAAGCCCCCAGAUCGAGGAGACCAGUCCAGGCCGCCCCCCCUCGGUGGUGGAGACGCCCCUGUCCCCUUGCACCUUCAUCGACUCCAUUCUUCAGGAGAGUGAGCCCAGCACUGCCGCCUCUGUCUCUGGCACGGUGGGGGGGGCCAUCUCCCCUCCACCCCCCAGCCCCCUCCAGACUCCUGAGAAGUGCCUCAGCGUGGCCUGCCUCGACAAUUUGACUCGCACUCCACAGAUGUCUGAGGUCAGCCGCCUCUUCCCCAGCCCCGCCUCCUCCUCUCUGCAUUGCCGAUCACAGCCAGGAAAUGAGCUUAGUGAGCACCUGGAUACCAUGGACUCCAACCUGGACAACCUACAGACCAUGCUAACCACCCACGGCUUCAGUGUAGAUACCAGCGCCCUCCUAGAUCUCUUUAGCCCCUCAAUGUCUGUGACAGACAUGAGCCUGCCCGACCUGGACAGCAGCCUGGCCAGUCCCCUCACUCCCCACCCCCUACAGAUCCAGGAUCUCCUCUCCUCCCAGGAGCAACCAAAGCCUCUGGAGACUGAGACAGGUGGUGCAGACUCAGGGAAGCAGCUGGUGCACUACACAGCCCAGCCCUUGUUCCUGGUAGACUCCAGCACUUUGGAUACAACAGGGAAUGACCUGCCUAUCUUCUUCGAACUGGGGGAGGGGCCUUACUUCUCGGAGGGGGAUGACUACAGUGAUGAUCCCACCAUCUCCCUGCUGUCUGGCUCUGAGCCCACCAAGGCCAAGGACCCUGCCGUCUCCUAAGGCCCCUCUUCCUCUGGGAGGGGGAUGAUCCAGGCAUCAGGGUCCCUCUCCCUUCCUUGCCAGCCUUCCUGAGGAUGGGAGAGGGGCACUGUCCCUUGUGUUUGUGCUCAGAGAAGUUGCCAGAAAUCUAAAUUGGGGCCAGACAAGCCUGGUGGAGGGAACCUGGCAACAGAUAGGACCCAGGCCACAAUUAAGGGGCCACCCACCUGAGCAAGGGGAGAGUGGGCGCCCAAGGGGCUGUUCUGGACAGAGCUUGGUAUAAUGGAGGCAGCCCCAGGUGAGCAGAGGUCAACAGGAGAAAGGACCCGACCCCAACACCAUGCAUGCCAUGGGGUGGAAUCCUGCCCAUCACCUCUCACAUUUUCCUGUGGCUCCACUGGGCAGCAACUCAGGCCUGCCCCACUCCUCAUCCCUGGCUCCGUAUGUUCUCCUGUUGGUUGGUUUGGGGUUUUCUCGGUUACACUUUGUACUGACCCCGCUGAUUGUUGAUAGAAUUGUAUUUUGGAUUUUUA